AUGAAGGAGUUUUUCCCUGUACCCUACCACUCUGGUUCCCUCUACCCUACCACUCUGGUUCCCUCUCCCUGUACCCUACCGCUCUGGUUCCCUCUCCCUGUACCCUACCACUCUGGUUCCCUGUACCCUACCGCUCUAGUUCCCUCUACCCUACCACUCUGGUUCCCUCUCCCUGUACCCUACCGCUCUGGUUCCCUGUACCCUACCGCUCUGGUUCCCUGUACCCUACCACUCUGGUUCCCUGUACCCUACCGCUCUGGUUCCCUGUACCCUACCACUCUGGUUCCCUGUACCCUACCGCUCUGGUUCCCUGUACCCUACCGCUCUGGUUCCCUGUACCCUACCGCUCUAGUUCCCUCUCCCUGUACCCUACCGCUCUGGUUCCCUGUACCCUACCGCUCUGGUUCCCUCUCCCUGUACCCUACCGCUCUGGUUCCCUCUCCCUGUACCCUACCGCUCUGGUUCCCUCUCCCUGUACCCUACCACUCUGGUUCCCUGUACCCUACCACUCUGGUUCCCUCUCCCUGUACCCUACCCCUCUGGUUCCCUCUCCCUGUACCCUACCGCUCUGGUUCCCUCUCCCUGUACCCUACCCCUCUGGUUCCCUCUCCCUGUACCCUACCACUCUGGUUCCCUGUACCCUACCACUCUGGUUCCCUCUCCCUGUACCCUACCGCUCUGGUUCCCUCUCCCUGUACCCUACCACUCUGGUUCCCUGUACCCUACCACUCUGGUUCCCUGUACCCUACCGCUCUGGUUCCCUGUACCCUACCCCUCUGGUUCCCUCUCCCUGUACCCUACCACUCUGGUUCCCUCUCCCUGUACCCUACCCCUCUGGUUCCCUCUCCCUGUACCCUACCCCUCUGGUUCCCUGUACCCUACCCCUCUGGUUCCCUCUCCCUGUACCCUACCGCUCUGGUUCCCUGUACCCUACCACUCUGGUUCCCUCUCCCUGUACCCUACCACUCUGGUUCCCUCUCCCUGUACCCUACCCCUCUGGUUCCCUCUCCUGUACCCUACCACUCUGGUUUCCCUGUACCCUACCGCUCUGGUUCCCUAGGAUUGUACCUGCUCAACACUCUGUGGUUUAGAGCAGCAGGUUUGUUUCUGCUCAACACUCUGAAAUGUAUCAUGACAGAGGAGCAAAUGGUCAACUUCAUUAGUCUCUGCUUUGAGCAGCAGGAUUGUACAGGCAGCUCAACACUCUGA